AUGGUGUUGGCGCUGGUGGUCGGACUCCUGUGCGUGUGGGGCCGCUUGAGCGUCGCCAACCCUGAUGCAAAGCGGUUGUACGACGACCUGCUAUCUAACUACAAUCGCCUGAUCCGGCCUGUGGGAAACAACUCAGACCGACUCACCGUCAAAAUGGGGCUCCGGCUUAGUCAACUCAUCGACGUUAAUCUUAAGAAUCAAAUCAUGACAACGAACGUGUGGGUAGAACAGGAAUGGAACGACUACAAAUUAAAAUGGAAUCCCGAUGACUACGGCGGCGUCGACACAUUGCACGUGCCUUCAGAACACAUAUGGCUCCCUGACAUCGUGCUUUAUAACAACGCGGACGGUAACUACGAGGUGACAAUCAUGACAAAAGCGAUUCUACAUCAUGAUGGGAAGGUUGUUUGGAAGCCACCAGCCAUCUACAAGUCCUUCUGCGAGAUUGACGUGGAGUACUUCCCUUUCGAUGAGCAAACCUGUUUCAUGAAAUUCGGAUCUUGGAGCUACGAUGGGUACACGGUGGACUUGAGGCAUUUAAAACAGACGCCAGAUUCUGACAAAAUAGGAAUGGGAAUUGACUUAUCAGAAUACUAUAUAUCUGUUGAAUGGGACAUAAUGCGCGUUCCUGCGACGAGAAAUGAAAAGUUCUACUCAUGCUGUGAAGAACCGUAUCCUGACAUUAUUUUCAAUCUCACUCUCAGAAGGAAAACUCUCUUUUACACGGUCAACCUCAUUAUUCCCUGUGUUGGCAUCUCUUUUUUGUCAGUCCUGGUGUUCUAUUUACCAUCAGAUUCCGGUGAAAAGAUCUCACUCUGCAUCUCCAUUCUUUUGUCUUUGACCGUGUUCUUCUUACUGUUAGCAGAAAUUAUUCCACCGACAUCUCUAACGGUGCCGUUGCUGGGAAAAUAUUUGUUGUUUACUAUGAUGCUAGUUACAUUAUCAGUAGUUGUCACUAUCGUGGUGCUAAACGUAAAUUUUAGGUCCCCAGUUACCCACCAUAUGGCCCCGUGGGUGCGCAAAGUCUUUAUAGAUUUUUUACCCAGAAUAUUGUGUAUACAAAGGCCAGAAAAACCGCCCGAUGACGACGAAAACGAUAAACCAACAGAGGUCCUCACGGAUGUAUUCGGUGGAGAUGACAUGGAUGGAAAGUUUAAGGAAUGGGGUUGCGAAGAAUACGAACUACCAGGCAUGCCUCCAUCGCCGCCACCACCUCCAGGGGGUGACGAUGAACUAUUCUCCCCAUCCCCGGGAUCUCCAUGCCGAUUGGACUUAGAUGACGGUAGUCCAUCUCUAGAGAAACCUUAUGUGAGAGAGAUGGAAAAGACUAUAGAAGGCUCCAGAUUUAUUGCUCAGCAUGUGAAAAAUAAGGAUAAGUUUGAAAGUGUGGAGGAUGAUUGGAAGUAUGUAGCAAUGGUGCUGGACAGAAUCUUUCUGUUCGCAUUUACGAUAGCUUGCGUCCUAGGUACAGCGCUCAUUAUAUUUCGAGCGCCAACCUUCUACGACAAUAGCAAACCAAUCGAUAUCCUGUACUCGAAAAUUGCAAAGAAAAAACUGGAGUUGCUCAAAAUGGGCUCCAUAGGAGACCCGGGUCUCUGAAAUUCGUCUCACGUCUUCGGCCACCCGCCGCCGAAGACGUUCUGGGAGCUGAUCGUUAUGUGGUGGCAUGGAUGAUCCAUGUAAGGCUCCCAGUUGGGAACUGCUAGGCGAGGACAUGAUUUAGUGCUCAGUGUGGUGCCAAGCGCCAGGUGCGCUAUAGGACGUGUGAACGCCGUAAGCGUAUCCAAAGCCGUCUUUUUAUAAUAGAAACUCGAACUCGAGACUGUGUCCGUCGAUAGUGGAAGUCGGAACACGGCAACCUCAAGACAGCCGUUUUUUGUUACUGCCGGAUCCGCCGCAACUAUUUUUAUAAUUAGAAAUGCUGUACUGAAUAUUUAUACUUUAAUCAUACGCAUAUUUUGUAUGUUUUCAUGUGGUGAUUUCUUUUCCUGGAAUUGUUUAAUACGAGCGCACAAAGAUUGUACAGUUUAUAUUUAGGAGUUUGUAUUGUUUCUUGCGUCAUAUUAUAUAUAAUUUCGAAUGUUAGGUAACACAUGUGCUGUACUAACAGUUACGUACCUAUAAGAGUCACUUCGAAUAAAAUCCAGCUCAAAUUAGUAAUGUUUAAGUAUUGUAAAUUGGUACUAUUUAAUCUGAAGUCGAUUAGCAUCGGACAUUAUUAUGAUAGUUUUGUGCAAACGUCCUCUAUGAGAGCCGGACAUUCUAGGUGUACUUAAAUAAUGGUGAUGUAAUUUUGAAUUAUACAUUUAAUAUUUGAUAAACUGCGUACUCGCGUAAAAAUCAUAUGGACAAUAUCGAUAAUAUGACGAAUGGUAAUAAUUCACCUGUAGAUGUAAUGAAGUUGUAGAUAAUAGGUUUAUAAGUCUAGUCAUCAGUAAUGGAGGAGACACUAAUCAUAAAGCCAAUAUAGUUUAUAGAGUCAUGUCGCGACGGUGAUAUUGGACUAGAGAUAUAUUUGUGAAACACAAUUGACUGCCAAUUGUAAAUUACAUUUUUAUAAAGUCGAUAUUCUUAGAUAGUUCGGUAACUUGUUUUAUUAGAUUUUUUAAACGGUGUGCCAAAUCUGCCAGCAGUAUAGCAAUAUAGUUCCGAAUGAAAGCCAAAGUAUGCUGGACUUUUGUUAGUGUUUUGUAUAUUUGAUAUUCGAUACGUUUUUUUAAAUUUUGCUUGAAAUAAUAUUGAUUCUAACGUAAUCGUAAGAUAUCAAACGAAUGCUUGCCUAAAAGUAAUGACUGAAGGAUCUCAUACUGAAACGCUUAUUUUGUAAACGCCUAUUUGCAAUUGAAGAGGCGUAUAAUAUUUUCUUCUGUACAAUUAAUAAUAACAGUAAUUUUGCUAAUAAAUCCUAGAGUACAGGGUAAAUUUAGUACACAAGUUUCUUCUCCUGAUUUACAUUCUCACAUAUUUUCACUGAUUGUAAUGUCUUUUACUCACUUAUCGGCACUUUACCACUCACAUUUUUAGGUAAGGUCAUUGUUGAGGUUUAUGACCUAGUCUGUAACGAUUUAGGUAACCAUACAUUUAUUUGUACCUACAUAGAUUAGAUUCAAUAUUAGACACCUAUUUCAUUUUGGUUACACUUAAGUGUUACAUUGUUCACGUUUCUAUGAAUAGUUGGUUUCGUAGUUGGUACGUUUGAAGAUUAUUUCAAACACUUCGCGCAUCAUAAGCGUUUUUACCUCACUUCGACCCAUUUUAUAGGGUUAUUGUAGCAGUCUAACGUAAUAAAAAAAAAUAUUUCGAGCCGCGUAUUUGAUAUGUCAAAGUAACUCAUGAUAAUGUUUAUUAGAUAAAGAUUACUUAGAUAACUCAGUAAAUUAUGAAAUCAACAGCGAGCAGAUUGGAAAACAGGGAUGGUUAUAUUGAAAAUAAAUCAUAUUGUUUUGUGUGAUUCGUCUUCAUAUAUAUAAGUGUUAUUGGAUGUGUAUAGCUGUUCGUAUCUGAUAAAUGCAUACACUGGGCUAGAAUAGUUUAGAUGAUACGUAAACGUAGUGUAACGUACGUGAUUACGGUCUAAUGUUAGAGGAAGUUGUGAAACGCUCGCUAAAGGUUGAAACUAAAAUGUUAGCUCCGUCUCUAAAACUAUUGGACUACAUUUUGUAUGGCUCUAAUUAUGUCUGGUCCUACAAUGGAAUUUUGAUGGAAUUGUGUAUAACUGAUUGCUAAUAUUAAUUUUCUAAUAAGGUUCACAGACACGUCGAUUAUUGGAAGUAGGAAUGUGCUAUUGCACGCACCGAAAUACACCAAUUUAGUAUUAUUGAGUACUAUUAUCUUUAAAUACUAGUUAAGUCCACAGGCUUUUCGUAUUGUUUCGUGGUUCAGAAGUUUUAUUGUAGAUAUUUGCUAGAAAACGGACGGGUCUGUUGUUAUUUUUAUAUGACUGCAAAUGAUAAUAGAUUUUCUAAAAACACCAUAGGUUUAAUGGUUGUUUAGGAAUGUAUGCUGCGGCUAACUUAAUUAUUAGCCGGGACGAUUGAUUGGGAUGUUAAGAGAUAAGCUGAAUUGAAAAAAUAUAUUGUAAAUAUUUCUAGUAAGGAGAGUCUGAAAUAUGGAGCUAAGAUUAGUAAUGUAAUAACUGUGGAUUUAAAUAAUACUUAGGCAAUAUCAAUAAAAGAAUCUCAAGAAAAUGUAGUUCUUGUGCAUAGCCGGGAAAUGUUUUUAUAUAUGGUAUAUGAAAAUGUAUUCCUAAGUUCCAGAAUUGAACGAGUUAAGUCAAUACAACGACUAAUGACCCUAAAGGUUUGUAGUGUGAAUGAAAAUUGAUUAACCUAUUACAACAAUUUACCAACUGUUCUCAACUUAGGAAAGUUUGCCAAUACUAAUUCUAGUCUGAAUUCCAUGUUACCUAGACAUGUCACCAAAUCAGGAUUAAUUUAUGAUGUUUUAUUAUAAUGAUUGUUAUUUGAUACCGUCUCAAAGACAUAAUAAAUAUGUAUUAUUGUUUCUAAAACUUCAUAUUUGUGUAAGUGAUGAUUAAUGGGUCUUUUAAAGUUGUUAAUGAAACCUACGUUUUGUGUAAAUGUUUAUAUAGAGAUUCGGGUGAUAAACGGGUCAAGGAAAGUAGUGAAUAUCGUAUAUCUGGUAGAUAGGUAAUGAAUUUAACAAUAAACUGAACAAGUAAACCAUGUUUGUUAAUAAGUAAAUUAAAUGGGUACUUGUAUUAAUUGUAAGUGGUAUUAAAUUAGCUUCUCAAUGUUUUUUAGAGUUAGUCGACGAAUGGGUCAGCUCGGAAAUUCGGUGUUAGAUAAAUUUGUUACCGUACAGGUACCGGCAGCUGUUAUUUUUUUAUUCAAGUUUUAUUACAUUUUUUAUUUAUACCCUUCCCUGAUUUCUUAAAAGUGUACUUUUGAAAAUUUAAAUAGUUAUACUUAAAAUUUAUUUAAAUAUAUUUUAAUGUUAUUCACUUUUACUAUACGAUCCAUUUUUAUAAAAUACAUUAUUCGUUAUUUUUACAGCAAAACAUUUCGUUUUAAUAAAUCGAUCUAGAUAAUAAAUCAUCUAAUCUUAAUCACUAUUUAAAACUAUUGUUGAUUAACUGAAGUAUAUCUGGUAUCCAUAGUUUUAAUGAAACACGUUAUUAUGCUAGUCCCUCAUAAUAAUACGGAAUAUUUAUUUCUAAAACAGUAAGUAUUUUAUUUUUAAUAAUAACUUGAAUUUUAGCUUUACCAGCUGCUUGGUUCUCGGUAUGUGUCAGUAGGUUUGUCUGCAUCGGAUUAUGGAGUUGCAAACCCAUAGUCAGCUAUCAUAUGGCUGUCAAUAAUUUUAAGGAAUCAACUUAACAAAAAUGUUGACAUGUAAAUAUAGCAGAUCAACAUAGAAAUUUAAAUAAUAUUAUAAUUGACAAGUUAUUUUUCUACAUUCCUUUCACAGUACCUUUAGCGCUAACGUAGCAUUGUAGAAUGACGUCGUAGUGAAUAUAGUUAUGUUUACAUUUUCGUUUUCUUUUUGUACUAGUACAAAUAUGUCAUAUAGCAAUAAAUUUUACGUUUUAUGUUCUAUUGUCAUAUUCUUAGUUAAUAAUUGUUAAUUAUACGUGUAAUUUUAAUGCUUCCUUUGACAUUUAAAGUCGAUAUUUAACAGAUAAUCCAUAACGCUUUAUAAUUAGGUUGAACGAAAUCUAGAAUUUCGAAUAGCAUUUUCUUCGAUAACACAUUAUAUUUACUUUAUUGCACGUUAUCUUUUAUUUCUCUUUCUUUCUUUUAAAUGUAAUCUCACUUUAAUAUCUACGUAAUAUUAAUACUCUAUAUACCAUAUAAAUAUUUAUGUAAGUUAGGCAUAUUUGCAUGUUUAA